ACAGUUGCAGAUAACGGACUGACGUGCGUCCUCAGCUGUCUGAUAAUUGGAACAACGUCUCUCAUCUGUCGUGCCAAGCAGAAACUUUCCAAACUACACACACUCCUUUUUCUUAUGUUUUCUUUCUGUUCGGUUUCUCUUUAAUUCUUUAAAGCCAGAGUCCAGACUGCAGAAAUGAAUUUGAGGGUGUGAUUUUUAGUUUUUACAUGUCAGAAGAGAAAGAAGCAAUGGAUUUUUGGGUUGUUCCGGCACUUUAUGGCGCUUGCUACAUAGCCGAGUACUGGUUUUCUGAUAAGGAAAACGAAGGAGCUUCCGAGAAUUCCAUUUACUUCCAGUCCGGUCCCCGUAACCAAACUGGAGGAAAUCUUCCUUCAGAUACUGCAAAUGGCAGUUACGAUGAGCGUGGUGAUUUGUUAAUACCAGAGGUUUGGGUUGGUAGAGGUAGCAGAGGCAGGAGGCCGUUUAGGGGUAGGUCUGUUUGUGGGUAUUUUGUAAAGCCUGGGGCAGUGAGUCCUUCAGAAAAUUGUGUAGUGAUGACUGCGCUGCUGUAUAGAAUGGAAGAGUAUUAUGUGGACACUUCAGUUCAGUCACCAACACCUACAACCUUGGCGGCAGCGACGCUUUUUUUGGUGUCGGAUGGGAGCCUGAAAAUCAGCAGAGGUAGCAACAGUUCCAAUGGGGACAUGCACAUGCAAAUGGAGAGUAGAAAAUCGAAGCGAAAAAUAGGGAAAACGACACGUUCUAAAAUAAGGGUAUGCUCCGUUGGUGAUGAGGCAUUCCAUUCACAAGGUUUAUCCAAUGGAAUGCUUCUUGUCUUUCUUGGAAUCACUAUUGGAAUGAUGUCUGCCAUAGUUGCUCAUAAAAGAGAAGCAGAAAAGUUAAAUGACCAGCUGAAGCAAACUAACCAGUUGGUUCAAGAUUUGCACGAGGAGAUUGAGAUGAAAGACUUGCUUACUAUUAAGGUGCUUGGGAAUAGGGACUUAGAGAAGAAGUCAGAUUAUGGGAAGACAGAAGACUAUGCGGCAAUAAGUAAAAUUGAGGCAGAGCUUGAAGCUGAACUAGAAAGGUUGCAAUCAAACAUGAAACCAUCUAGCCUGGAGACAAUAUCCAACUCUGUUGAGCUGGAUCCCGACUUUGUGGUGGAUGUUGUUCGCGGAGAUUUGAGACCCAUCAAGAUCCAUAGGCUAUCUGGUGGUUUGUCUGACUCAGAUUCUGAAGGAAAUGAGACCUCCACCAACCACACUCAUACUGAAUACCGUACAGUGUCACCUAAGGAGUUGAGCAUGCGUCUUCAUGAGGUGAUUCAGUUGCGGCUUGAAGCACGCAUCAGGGAGCUCGAAACUGCAGUUGAAAAGACCAGGAAGAGCUUGCGUUCUGUGGAAUCAGAAAAUAUGAUCUCUGAGAAUGACUUGUGCAUGGAAAAAGAUUCUUUAUUAACCAAAGAAAGCCGAACCUUUAUAGAUGAAAUCAAUGACAUGGAUGGGCCUUCCGUUAUAAAUCUGUCAAAACAAGCCUCGGAUACUUGUAAUGAGGCUGAAGAGGACAAUAUCUGGAUGGCAAUAACAGAGGAAGAGGCUCCACUAGACACGAGAUUUGACAGUUACUGUACCGAGAAAGAAUUGAACCCUUUUGACCAAAAGUUGUUUAAGGACCAAAUCGGUGAUGUUAGAGAUAAUGGGUCUAUGUUACAAUAUGAUAUAAAUAGGGACAGAUGGUCAAGCAAUUCAAAUCAUGAAGAGAUCAGGAUUCGGGAAGAGAAGACAUCGAGGAGCUCAGAAUCAAAUGAUAUAUGUGAGAGUGAAGAUGGCGAUGAGCUGGAGAAGGUUUUGAUAGAGCGGAUCGUGGAGAAGACCAGGCAAGGUUCUUCUGUGGUUUUGAAUGCUCAAAGAAUUAUGUAUUCAAUGUCUGACCAGUAGUUCACAUGAUGAGAGAGAGAGAGAGAGAGAGAGAGAAGAAGAAGAAGAAGAAGAAGAAGAAGAACAUUACAAAGUUUCAAAAAUAAAUUUCCAUUCUAGUGCAUGUAGCCUUUGGGUGUAGAGUUCCUUCUGUGAAAUAGUAGUAGUUGGUUGUGGAGGUUCCUUGUGUGAAAUUGUGUCGGUUGUUGUAGAGUGUCUGAGUCUAGGUUGCUAUUGUCAAUAAAGUUUAUACUGGCACUACCUUCUCUGUCAA